ACUGAAGGACUAGCAUUAAGCAGUGGUAUCAGGCAACAGCAUAUCAAUGUUGCUCCUUCUACAGGAUCUUUUCCUAAUUGGAGAUCUAUACUAUCACCAACACGGCCUUCCACAGAAACGAAGACUUCCUCAGUAGCUGAUGUUUCUAUGGGACAGACUUUGGAGAAUGCAAACUUGCUUCAGAUGAUAAAAACGACACUGACUGGCACACGUAGCAGGGCUUUGGAUCAAACCCAUCUGUCGCCCACCCUUUAUCAAGGGAGUGGGAACAGUGCGUCCCAGGAACCUGCUGAAGUUUCAGCUGAGUUGCCUCUGAGGACAUCAUCUCAAGAUGCGGAUGAAACAGCUGCUGUAUCAGUGUUAUCUGGAGUAUCUUCUGGUGCAAUACCUACAGUAGGAACUUCAGAAGCAAAACCACUAACAAGAAAAUCAUCUCCAGCUUCACCAGUGCCAGCUGCUUCUUUCUUUUCUCUGGGCACUGAAAACACACCUUUGCCAUCUGUGAUGGCUUUAAGCACACCCAUACUGACACUAACAAAAAAUAACACUGCCACGAAAUUGGCAUCAGAUCUAAGCUCAGUAGGAACACACACAGAUUUUCCUUUUGCAACAAGAAACACAACUGCAUCACCUGUGGACGUGACAGCUAUGCUCAUAACCCCUAAAAGCAGCACGGUCACAGCUUCCACACUUGCACCCACAGCACACGUACCAAGGCAGAUAGAAACAACAGUAACUGACACCCAGAAGUUCCCAAGCUCAGAAAUCACCAAAACGUCAACUCCGUAUCCACUGACAAUUACAGCAGCUUUGACAUCUAUUACAGCAUCAGCGAAAACAACUAGGCUUCCCCCUACUCCAGUGGAAAACACCUCUGCUUCUCCCGAAACCACGGCAGCAGCCGCUUUCGCUAACAUGACAGCAGCUCCUACCCUGGAUUGCCGGCUCUCCAGGAACCUUAUGGUUAAAACAGUUUUGUUUCUGAACACGAGGAGGAUGCUGAUCAGCAAUCCCUUCAAGGAGAGCGUGAGAAAAGGACUCAAUCAAGUGCUGAGACAAGCUUUCAACCAAAAUGUCAGUGCUCAGGUUGAAAUCCUGGAGCAAUCAAAUAACCUAACAGUUGGUUACUACGUUACACUGGGGAGACUGGUUUUUAUGCCAGCUGCUGUAAUUGAAAGGCUUCUUGCGUACGGCAUUAGCAACGCCACAGCAGACAUAAAGCAGCAUGUACCACAUCUCCAGUCCGUGGCGGCCCUGGCCUUGCCGUGGAAGCCCCUUCCCGCGUACCACUUCCAGCUGAAAACAGAGCUGCAGUUUGUGGGUCAAACAGACAACAUACAGUCAUGCAAAUUUGUUCAGACCAUGGAGCAACGGUUACAGAGAGCGUUUCAGGAUGCUGAAAGAAAGGUCUUAAACACCAGCAACAACUUAACAGUUCAGAUUUUGAACACCUCCAAUGUCUCCCAAGCUGUCACUCUGUUUUAUGUAGUGAACAAUCAAAGCACAACUCUAAAUGGCACUAUUUCCAGCAACCUUCUUAAUCAGCUGUCCGCUGAGCUGGUGGGUUUCUAUCUAACCUACCCGCCUCUCACCAUUGCAGAAUCUUUGGAGUAUCCAAACCUUGAUGUCUCAGAGUCAACUAGAGACUACUGGGUGAUAACAGUUAUUCAAGGGGUUGAUAUUGCAUUACUGGGACUGAACAAUCAGAGCUUUGCAAGAUUAAUGGAGCAGCGUUUGGCCCCACUGUUUAUGAUGUCCCAUCAGCAAGGAAGACGAUUCAAACGUGCCACUACUGUGGGCAGCUACACUGUGCAGAUGGUAAAAAUCCAACGUAUUCCAGGACCCAAGGAGCCAGCUGAACUGACAUACUAUACUUUAUACAACGGGAAACCUUUGCUGGGCACUGCAGCUGCCAAAAUUUUGAGUACCGUUGACUCCCAGCGGAUGGCCUUGACACUAGGUUAUGUUAUUCAAGUUCAAGCUGAUCCUGUGGUGAAGAACCCCCCGAACAACCUGUGGAUCAUUGCAGCGGUGCUGGCUCCCAUUGCUGUGGUUACCGUUAUCAUCAUCAUCAUCACAGCGGUUCUGUGCAGAAAGAACAAGAACGACUUCAAACCAGACACCAUGAUGAACCUGCCUCAGAGAGCUAAACCAGUACAAGGCUUUGACUAUGCCAAGCAACACUUAGGUCAGCAGGGAGCUGAAGAUGAGGUUUUACCUGUAACUCAGGAGACUGUCAUACUUCCACUUCCAGUUAGAGAUGCUCCUGCCUCCCAGGAAAGAGAAAUUACUCAGGAUGGGAGCACCAUUAAAACUGCCAAAUCCAAUGAAACAAGGAAAAGCCGGUCCCCAAGUCAGAACGGCUCCAUCAUCAGCAACGGGUCGGGAAAGCCCAGCUCCGGCCGGAGCUCCCUCCAGAAAGUCAUGGCACCGCAAAAAGUGACAAAAGACGAAGGAAGGAAAAGAAACGUGCCUGUAAGUGAUGAAGAGGAAGGAGGCGUUCUCUUUGAUAACAUUGCCAAAUCUGCCAUUGACCCCUUCGACACCUCUUCUGGAUCUGUACAGCUGAUAGCUAUCAAACCUGUGGCACUACCUGCUGUUCAUGCUGCAUCAGAUAGGAGCCAGGAAUCUGCCAUCAUUAAUGGAGAGGUAAACAAGGCUUUGAAGCAGAAGUCUGAUAUAGAACAUUACCGCAACAAGCUGCGCUUGAAAGCCAAGAGGAAGGGGUACUAUGAUUUCCCACAGGUUGAUAACAACAAGGGGCUGACAGACAGAAAAAGGAUGUAUGAAAAAAACCAGAAAGAACUUGACCACAUUUUGGAUCCAGAUGCAGAUGUCUCGUCUCCAUUUGCUGAGCCUAAGAACAGGCAACCAAUGAAGAACUCAGUAUACAGAAGCAGGCAGUCUUUGAACAGUCCUAGCCCAGGAGAAACUGAGAUGGAUCUUCUUGUGACUCGAGAAAGACCUAGACGUGGAAUCCGUAACAGUGGAUAUGAUACUGAGCCUGAAAUUAUAGAAGAAACAAAUGUUGACCGUGUCAACGAGCCUCGGAGUUACACCAGGUCCCGUCAGGCCAAAGGCCACUCGGAGACCUCAACUUUAAGUUCUCAGCCCUCCAUUGAUGAGGUUCGACAGCAGAUGCAUAUGCUCUUGGAAGAGGCUUUCAGCCUGGCCUCUGCGGGCCACGGAGGACAGAGCAGGCAGGAGGCGUACAGCUCAGCACCGCACUUGCCCUACUCGGAGGUUGUGACCAGUGCUCCUGGUACCAUGACCCGACCUAGAGGGGGGGUACAGUGGGUACCCACAUACAGACCAGAAAUGUAUCAGUACAGUUUACCACGACCAGCUUACAGAUUUUCUCAGCUUCCUGAGAUGGUAAUGGGUUCUCCUCCUCCUCCUGUCCCUCCCAGAACAGGUCCUGUGGCUGUUGCCUCUCUCAGGAGGUCUACAUCAGAUAUUGGCAGCAAAGUGAGAAUACCUGAGUCCAGUGGGGCAGAUCAGGCCCAGCAUCAUGAUCAGGCCUCUUUUGCACCUGGUUCGAGAGCUCCGAUGUCUGUUGGUCCACUUGAUCAAUCAGCUUUUCACUCAGGAAAUACUGUACCAGCAGUGUUUGCCAUACCAGCAGCGAACCGACCUGGCUUCACAGGCUAUUUUAUCCCAACACCACCCACCGCAUACAGGAACCAAGCCUGGAUGCCCUAUGCUGGAGAGAAUGAAUUACCAGGGCAGUGGGCAGACUCAGUUCCACUACCUGGAUACAUCGAGGCUUAUCCGAGGCCCCGCUACCAACAUAAUUCUCCUUCGCGACUUCCUCGCCAAUACAGCCAACAAGCGAGCAUGCAUCCCAGCCUGGAACAAGCUCCUUUGCCGUCCACCGCAGCUUCUCAGCAGAGCCUGACAGAAAAUGACCCGUCUGAUGCUCCUCUCACCAACAUUUCUACAGCUGCCCUUGUAAAGGCAAUAAGAGAAGAAGUUGCUAAACUGGCAAAGAAGCAAACAGAUAUGUUUGAGUUCCAGGUCUAA